UCCGAGGGCUGAUUCCUCGCUCCGGGGCGGGGCUCGCGAUAGCCAGCGGGAGCAGGGCGCGGGGCGGGACCCGGGUCCGAGGCGAGGAAGCCGGAAGCCAGGCGCGGGGAGCCUCCCCUUUCGACUGCAGCCUCGCUCGGCACCUUCUGCGCGCCUGGGAUCCCGGAGCCUGCCUAGGUUCUGUGCGCUCCCGCCCAGGCCGGUGCCCGCCGCCCGCCUGCGCCUGCGCCUGCGCCGCAGGCAGGUCCCAGGCCUCCGGCUGCUCCCGGCCGAAAGUGGGGACGGGCAGUGGCAGGCACCACUAGCGAGGGCGUUUGGGGACCCAGGGUGACCACGGCGCAGCCAUGGGGACCGCGCUUGUGUAUCAUGAGGACAUGACGGCCACCCGGCUGCUCUGGGACGACCCCGAGUGCGAGAUUGAGCGUCCUGAGCGCCUGACCGCAGCCCUGGACCGCCUGCGGCAGCGCGGCCUGGAACAGAGGUGUCUGCGGUUGUCAGCCCGCGAGGCCUCGGAAGAGGAGCUGGGCCUGGUGCACAGCCCAGAGUAUGUAUCCCUGGUCAGGGAGACCCAGGUCCUAGGCAAGGAGGAGCUGCAGGCGCUGUCCGGACAGUUCGACGCCAUCUACUUCCACCCGAGUACCUUUCACUGUGCGCGGCUGGCCGCGGGGGCUGGACUGCAGCUGGUGGACGCUGUGCUCACGGGAGCUGUGCAAAAUGGGCUUGCCCUGGUGAGGCCUCCUGGGCACCACAGCCAGAGGGCGGCUGCCAACGGGUUCUGCGUGUUCAACAACGUGGCCAUAGCAGCUGCACAUGCCAAGCAGAAAUACGGGCUACACAGGAUCCUCGUCGUGGACUGGGAUGUACACCAUGGCCAGGGGAUCCAGUAUCUCUUUGAGGAUGACCCCAGUGUCCUUUACUUCUCCUGGCACCGCUAUGAGCAUGGGCGCUUCUGGCCUUUCCUGCGAGAGUCAGAUGCAGAUGCGGUGGGGCGGGGACAGGGCCUCGGCUUCACUGUCAACCUGCCCUGGAACCAGGUCGGGAUGGGAAACGCUGACUACGUGGCUGCCUUCCUGCACCUGCUGCUCCCACUGGCCUUUGAGUUUGACCCUGAGCUGGUGCUGGUCUCGGCAGGAUUUGACUCAGCCGUCGGGGACCCUGAGGGGCAAAUGCAGGCCACGCCAGAGUGCUUCGCCCACCUCACACAGCUGCUGCAGGUGCUGGCCGGCGGCCGGGUCUGCGCCGUGCUGGAGGGCGGCUACCACCUGGAGUCACUGGCGGAGUCAGUGUGCAUGACAGUACAGACGCUGCUGGGUGACCCGGCUCCACCCCUGUCAGGGCCAAUGGUGCCGUGUCAGAGUGCCCUGGAGUCCAUCCAGAGUGCCCGUGCUGCCCAGGCCCCACACUGGAAGAGCCUCCAGCUGCAAGAUGUGACCCCUGUGCCGCUGAGCCCCAGCACCCACUCCCCAGAGGGGAGGCCUCCACCUCUGCUGCCUGGGGGUCCAGUGUGUAAGGCAGCUGCAUCUGCACCGAGCUCCCUCCUGGACCAGCCGCGCCUCUGCCCUGCACCCUCUGUCCGCACCGCUGUUGCCCUGACAGCGCCAGAUAUCACAUUGGUCCUGCCCCCUGACGUCAUCCAACAGGAAGGGUCAGCCCUGAGGGAGGAGACAGAAGCCUGGGCCAGGCCACACGAGUCCCUGGCCCGGGAGGAGGCCCUCACUGCACUUGGGAAGCUCCUGUACCUCUUAGAUGGGAUGCUGGAUGGGCAGGUGAACAGUGGUAUAGCAGCCACUCCAGCCUCUGCUGCAGCAGCCACCCUGGAUGUGGCUGUUCGGAGAGGCCUGUCCCAUGGAGCCCAGAGGCUGCUGUGCGUGGCCCUGGGACAGCUGGACCGGCCUCCAGACCUCGCCCAUGACGGGAGGAGUCUGUGGCUGAACAUCAGGGGCAAAGAGGCGGCUGCCCUAUCCAUGUUCCAUGUCUCCACGCCACUGCCAGUGAUGACCAGUGGUUUCCUGAGCUGCAUCUUGGGCUUGAUGCUGCCCCUGGCCUACGGCUUCCAGCCUGACCUGGUGCUGGUGGCGCUGGGGCCUGGCCAUGGCCUGCAGGGCCCCCAGGCUGCACUCCUGGCUGCAGUGCUUCGGGGGCUGGCAGGGGGCCGAGUCCUGGCCCUCCUGGAGGAGGACUCCACAGCCCAGCUAGCAGGGAUCCUGGCCCGGGUGCUGAAUGGGGAGGCACCUCCUAGCCUAGGCCCUUCCUCUGUGGCCUCCCCAGAGGACGUCCAGGCUCUGAUGUACCUGAGAGGGCAGCUGGAGCCUCAGUGGAAGAUGUUGCAGUGCCAUCCUCACCUGGUGGCUUGAAAUCGGCCAAGGUGGGAGCAUUUACACCGCAGAAAUGACACCGCACGCCAGCACCCCGCGGCCGCGAUCCGGACCCCAAGCCCACGGCUCCCGCGACUCCGGGGCACGGAACCAAGCCCACUCCCAAUCCCCGCGCCCAGCCCCCUCCCCCCGCCCCCUCCCACCUGUGCUUCCCCCGCUCCACCCCUCACCUCACGUCGCCUCGCCCUCGCCCCACCCAUCGCGCCCCGGCCCGUCCGAUCGAGGCCCAUGCAACCCACCCUCGGUCCCAUCCUGGCCCCUGCGCCCCGCUGCGCUUCGCUCCCCGCCCUUGCGCCGUUAGUAAACAUCGGUCAAACGAAA